AUGAUUGCUGGCGCUAUCAUCCAAUCUUGCGCAAAGGACAUUGCUAUGUUCAUUGCUGCUCGCUUCUUGCUGGGCUUCGGUUUGUCGAUUGCUUCUGUCGCUGCUCCGGCUCUGGUUGCAGAAUUGACAUACCCGACCCAUCGCGGCAAGAUGACUGCUCUGUACAACACAAACUGGUUCGUGGGUGCGAUCAUCGCCGGUGAGUUCCAAUACACAGACGACCCACAAUGA